UUAAAAACAAAAAAGCAGUCCCGCACGGGGGAUUGAAUGAGUAGUUAUUAUUACAGACAAGUAAAACAAAACAAACUCCGUUUGCGCGUGGGAACGUGAAAAAACAGGGGUGGGUAAAAACAAGAGAUGGAAAGAGAAAGAAAAAGGGAAAGUGUUAUUAUUACUUAUUAGAGUGAAAUUCGUGGGGAGGGGCAUGGAAGGCCUGGCCAUGCUGAAGCAGCUUAUCGGUCAGCUUCAGCACCUCCUCGACUCUCAAUCUCAUCAUUCUCCUUCUCCUUCUUCUUCUUCUUUUCUUCUUCAACAACCUUCUCAUCACACUAUCCUCCUUCAACAACACCCCAGAUGGACUGCGUUUGACAUCGAAAAUAGCUCUGUAGAUGAUUGUUUUGGGAUUGAAAUGGCAGCUGGAAAGUCUCACAGUUUCAGGAUGUCGGAGCCUCUAAAGCCUCCACCUGCUAAGAAGCCUCGCAGAGAUCGAAGCAGGGGAAAAUCGUCAGGAAGAUCCUGUACAAGUGAAGUUAUGGAACAAGAAAUCUGGAAAGAUUUUCCUGAAGAUUUAUUUGAGGCGGUAAUUGCACGGCUUCCUAUUGCCACUUUUUUCCGCUUCCGUUCUGUAUGCCGUCAAUGGAGUUCUUUGCUGGCUUCUCAAAGCUUUUCUCAGCAUUGUGCCCAAGUCCCACAAGAAAAUCCAUGGUUUUACACCAUAACCCACGAAAAUGUGAAUUCAGGAGCCAUGUAUGACGCUUCUUUGAAAAAGUGGCAUCAUCCUUCUAUAUCAGCAAUGCCCACAAAGUUGAUUGUUUUGCCAGUGGCUUCUGCAGGGGGGUUAGUUUGCUUUUUGGACAUUGGCCAUCGAAACUUCUAUGUAUGUAACCCGCUGACUCAAUCCUUCAAGGAGUUACCAGCUCGGUCAGUGAGGGUCUGGUCUCGCGUUGCUGUAGGGAUGAUAGCAAAUGGAAAUUCUGCUGGUUCAGGCUACAAGAUCCUAUGGGUUGGUUGUGAUGGAGAACAUGAAGUUUAUGACUCGAUGAAAAACUCUUGGAGCCGCCCAGGAAACAUGCCUGGAAGUGUGAAGCUGCCACUGUCCCUUAACUUUAGGUCACAAGCUGUCUCUAUUGACAGUACACUUUACUUCAUGCGUUCAGAUCCAGAAGGGGUUAUUUCUUAUGAUAUGGCUACGGGAGUUUGGAAACAAUACAUAAUCCCAGUGCCAUUGCAUCUGACUGACCAUACUCUGGCUGAGUUUGAUGGCCAGAUCAUGCUUGCAGGAUUGCUCACAAAGAAUGCAGCCACAUGUGUUUGCAUAUGGGAGCUGCAGAAAAUGACGCUCUUGUGGAAGGAGGUAGACAGAAUGCCAAAUAUAUGGUGCUUGGACUUUUAUGGUAAGCACGUUAGAAUGACUUGCCUGGGUAACAAAGGCUUGCUCAUGUUGUCCCUGAGAUCUAAACAAAUGAAUCGGUUGGUUACUUACAACAUAGCAAAGAAGGAAUGGCUGAAGGUUCCCGGGUGUGUGGUGCCGCACGGGAGGAAACGGCAGUGGAUAGCAUGUGGUACUGCAUUUCAUCCAUGCCUGACUGCCGUGGCUUGAUUUUCCUGGUAUCUUACAACAACAGCCUGCCACAUUUUCACUCCAGUUUUGUGGUUCAUUGAUAUUUGCAGGCCCUUAGUAUUGCUGUACCUAAUCCCAACGUUCAUCGCUGGUUUAACAGAGUAGAUGAAAAAUAAUGUGGGUUUGUGCUGAUUCCUGUUUCUUCAUGCUUGCAUGCAUGUAAACUUUACUUUGGUUUCAUGUCACAGAAGCUUUAUUAAUUUUUAUCCUCCAACACCUUGGUAAUAGGUGGUAUAAAACUGCAGUUUCAUUCUGUAUUCAGUAAGUAAAUGGUUUUCUGUACGGACUAAACAGUUUUGGUACAUUUUGAGCCUUGGACAUUGUCCAUGAAA